AUGGCAGAACGGCUUCUCUUUGGCAGUGCUGAGCGAAUCAUUCAGACCUUGGGCUCACUGGCUGCCAAAGAGAUCGGACUGCUAUGGGGUGUUGAAGAUGAGCUUCAAAGCCUGAUGAACACCGUUUCAACAAUCAAAGCUGUGCUUCUGGAUGCGGAGGAGAAGCAGGCUGCAGGGAACCAUGGAGUCAGAGAUUGGCUCGGAAAGCUAGAUGAUGCCAUUUAUGAUGCAGAUGACUUGCUGGAUGCUAUUUCCACUGAAGCUCUACGAAGGGAAAUAAUGACCCUUGAUAAGAAGGCCAAAAAGGUACGCAUUUUCUUUUCCAAAUCAAAUCAGCUUGUUUAUCGUCUUGGAAUGGGCCAUAAGAUCAAGGCGAUUAGAGAGAGGUUAGACACCAUUGACGCAAGUAGGGAGAGAUUCCAGUUGGAGAAACGCCAUGUGGAGACACGAGUCGGGAAAAGGGAGAGGGAUAACACUCACUCUUUUGUACCUGCGGAAGAGGUUAUUGGUCGAGAGCUUGAUAAGAAGGCAGUUAUAGACCGUCUGAUAGCCUCCGACGUUGAAGAGGAUGUUUCCAUCCUCCCAAUUGUUGGUAUUGGUGGAUUAGGAAAAACUACACUUGCUCAACUCAUAUUCAAUGAUGAGGUAGUCCAAAAGCAUUUUCAACUAAAAAUGUGGGUGUGUGUUUCUAAUACCUUUGAUGUUAAAAAUAUUUCUGAAAAAAUCUUAGAAUCUGCAACAAAGAGGAAAUCAGAAAUUGUUGAAAUGGAUACAUUGAUGGGUUAUCUUAAAGAAAAAAUCGAUGGAAAGAAAUACUUACUCGUGUUGGAUGAUGUGUGGAAUGAGGAUUUUGAAAAAUGGCUUGGCUUGAAAAGACUGUUGAUGGGUGGUGCAAGAGGCAGUAGAAUAUUAGUAACUACCCGCAAUGAAAGCGUUGCAAGGAUUACCGGCACAGUUCAAUCAUAUUCCUUAAGGGGUUUAGACGAACAUGCUUCAUGGACUUUGUUUAAGCAGAUGACAUUUGAGAAAGGACAAGAGCCCAAGAAUUCAAGCAUCGUAGCGAUUGGGAGGGAGAUCCUAGAAAAGUGUUUAGGAGUCCCUCUAGCCAUAAGGACAAUUGGAAGCUUACUACGGUCCAAAAAUCCCGAAACAGGGUGGUUGUCUUUUAAGAACAAUGAACUCUCAAAAAUAUCUCAGAAUGAAAGUGACAUCUUACCAACUCUGAAGUUGAGUUAUGAUCAUCUCCCUUCACAUUUGAAGAAUUGCUUUGCUUAUUGUAGUUUGUUUCCCAAAGAUCACAAGAUUGAUAGAUCAACACUGAUUAAGCUUUGGAUAGCACAAGGUUUUGUCAAGUUAUCAGAUCAAGACCGUUGCUUGGAUGAUGUUGGUCAUGAUGGUCAUGAGUAUUUUAUGGAUUUGCUUUGGAGAGCAUUCUUUUAA